AUGGCGCAGACUACUGAGAGCCUCGACAACGGCAUUGAUAACUGCACGGGAGCCGUGGACGUGCAGCUCGACGACGUCUUCCCCAGUGAAGCUGCGCGGGCCCGGAAAAUAGAUGACGAGGGCCUCAUCGAGCAGAUCGGAUGUGACGGGAUGAUACAGACGGCGGACAGAAGCGUAACGCGGCUGCGGGAACUUUUGGUUCGAUGUAGGAUUACCUUUGCUUUUUAUGUUGAGCAACUGGGCUAGGCAGAUUGUCGCUGCUGGGCCUGAUAUGCGAAUAAUGGCGACGCCAGCUGUGACGCCAGCUCCUGAUGAUAGAGCAAAGAUUGUGUCGCCAAGUGUAAUGGCCGAUUCCAGAGACGUAGACGGAUGAUGUAUUGAGGACAAGCCUGCGCAACUCACGGGAGAUGUGCCAGUUAGCGUUGAGCGCGGGCGUUUCCGCGCAUCGCCAAGGCGGGUGAGUCGACCGGGGCUUUGUUUUAAAAAUAAAGUCGGGCUUCUCGAAGAGGAUAGACUGCGCAAAGAUAACCGUCGGGAAAGUAUAGGGGCACAACGGUAAAGAAAUGCUUGAGACAUGGCGUGGUUGUGAGGGACGAGACUUGGAAUGUGGUCAAGAGGCAGUUAGCAGAUAUCCAAUCGUGGUGGAUGCAAUUUCAAUUCGUCAACGCCCUCACGGAGAGAGGGGUGAUUCCGACGUGAAGAACGGCGCGGGCUCUUUGUUGAGUGCCCACAUCAGAGGCCGAGAGAUUGAACAGCGAACGGGGGAAGCGAAAGUAGUCUGUCGGCUUCUGGAAUUUUGGCUUUCGACGGGGACAGGCCAGGCAUGGCGUUUUACUACCAGGGGCGGUUCUGGGACAAUUGGCAGUUUCGGAAAGAGAUCUGAAUUCCAUGUCCUUACAAUGUGAUUGGGAGAACUCAAGUACACAAAACCAAUGAAAAUCGUACACAUUUUAAGGUGGCUUCU